AGCUAUAGUGCCUUUGAAGAUAUAGCAGUGUUAACAAAUAGAUUUGUAGGUAUUAUGGAGAGAAUGAUGAAAGCUAGUGUAAGCUAGUAGUUAUGUUCCCUGUGAUUAUUUAUAUUUUGGCAUGUAUUUCAUUUAUUUCUUGUUUUAUUUCUUCAGCAAACAAUUUAUUGAGACCUCCCAGGAAAUUUGGAGGGAGAAAUGGAGAGAGCUGUGUUGGAUAGUAUGAUCAGGGAAGGCCUUCUAUGAUAAGUGAAGAACGAAUGUCAUCAUGUCUGGAAUCAAGCGAACAAUCAAAGAAACUGACCCUGAUUAUGAGGAUGUGUCUGUGGCCCUUCCGAAUAAGCGGCAUAAAGCAAUUGAGAAUUCAGCUCGAGAUGCUGCUGUGCAGAAGAUCGAGACUAUUAUCAAGGAACAAUUUGCACUUGAAAUGAAGAAUAAGGAACAUGAAAUUGAAGUCAUUGACCAGCGACUGAUUGAGGCAAGAAGGAUGAUGGAUAAACUUCGUGCCUGCAUUGUCGCAAACUACUAUGCUUCUGCAGGACUUCUAAAAGUUUCUGAGGGAUCAAAGACAUGUGAUACAAUGGUUUUUAAUCAUCCUGCUAUCAAGAAGUUUUUGGAAUCACCAUCUAGGUCAUCAUCUCCUGCCAAUCAGGGAUCAGAAACACCAUCAGCCAAUCAUUCAGAAAGUGAUUCUUUAUCUCAACACAAUGACUUCUUAUCUGAUAAAGACAAUAACAGCAAUAUGGAUAUAGAGGAAAGACUCUCAAACAAUAUGGAGCAGAGACCAAUCCGAAAUACUGGAAGGGACACUUCUGUUAUUACUGGCUCCCAUAAAACAGAGCAGCGGAAUGCUGAUCUCACAGGAGAUGAGACUUCACGACUUUUUGUAAAGAAAACAAUAGUAGUGGGCAAUGUGUCCAAAUAUAUACCUCCUGAUAAGAGAGAAGAAAAUGACCAAUCAACCCACAAGUGGAUGGUAUAUGUCCGAGGUUCUCGUAGAGAACCCAGCAUUAAUCAUUUUGUCAAGAAAGUUUGGUUCUUCCUUCAUCCCAGCUAUAAACCAAAUGACCUUGUGGAAGUUAGAGAGCCUCCUUUUCAUCUGACCAGAAGAGGCUGGGGUGAGUUUCCUGUCAGAGUUCAAGUUCACUUCAAGGACAGCCAGAACAAGCGGAUAGAUAUCAUACAUAAUCUGAAGCUGGAUAGAACUUAUACUGGCUUGCAGACUCUUGGAGCAGAGACGGUAGUGGAUGUUGAGCUCCACCGGCAUUCCCUUGGAGAAGACUCCAUUUAUCCUCCAUCCUCCGAGUCGGACAUCUCUGAUGCCCCACCGUCUUUGCCUUUGACCAUUCCAGCCCCAGUGAAAGCUUCCUCGCCGUUGAAGCAGUCACAUGAGCCAAUACCUGAUACCUCUGUGGAGAAAGCAGGAUUCCCAGCCAACACUGAAGCUGAGAGACACAGUACAUUUUAUUCUUUGCCAUCUUCAUUGGAACGAACACCCACCAAAAUGACAACAUCCCAGAAAGUUACCUUUUGUUCUCAUGGCAAUUCAGCUUUUCAGCCAAUAGCAUCAAGCUGCAAAAUUGUGCCUCAAAGUCAGGUUCCUAAUCCUGAGUCACCUGGAAAAUCCUUCCAACCUAUCACCAUGAGCUGCAAGAUUGUUUCAGGUUCCCCUAUAUCAACUCCAAGUCCAUCACCAUUGCCUCGAACCCCAACUUCCACUCCAGUCCAUGUGAAGCAAGGCACUACCAGCUCUGUUAUUAAUAAUCCUUAUGUUAUCGUGGACAAGCCGGGACAGGUUAUUGGAGCUACCACUCCCACUACAGGAAGUCCUACAAACAAGCUCUCUACUGCCUCUCAGGCCUCCCAAGGAACAGGUUCCCCUAUUCCUAAAAUUCAUGGGAGUAGUUUUGUAACAUCUGCUGUCAAGCAGGAGGAUUCUUUGUUUGCAUCUAUGCCGCCGCUUUGCCCGAUUGGAAGUCACCCUAAGGUUCAAAGCCCCAAACCUGUAACUGGAGGACUUGGAGCUUUCACAAAAGUAAUCAUCAAACAGGAACCUGGUGAAGCCUCUCACGUGCCCACAACAGGAGCUGCCAGCCAGUCACCCCUCCCUCAGUAUGUGACUGUGAAAGGGGGUCACAUGAUAGCUGUGUCCCCUCAAAAACAGGUCAUAACUGCUGGAGAAGGGACUGCCCAGUCACCAAAGAUUCAGCCCUCCAAGGUUGUUGGGGUGCCAGUUGGGUCUACUCUGCCUUCAACAGUGAAACAGGCUGUGGCAAUCAGUGGUGGCCAAAUCCUCGUAGCCAAGGCCAGUUCUUCUGUCGCCAAAGCAGUUGGUCCAAAGCAAGUUGUGACCCAAGGAGUUGCCAAAGCAAUUGUGAGUGGAGGUGGAGGAACCAUUGUUGCUCAGCCGGUCCAAGCCUUAACCAAGGCCCAGGUCACUGCUGCCGGCCCUCAGAAGAGUGGAUCCCAGGGUUCAGUAAUGGCAACGUUGCAGCUACCAGCCACUAAUUUGGCCAACUUGGCAAACUUGCCUCCUGGCACUAAACUCUACCUUACCACAAACAGCAAGAACCCCUCGGGAAAAGGAAAACUGCUGCUGAUCCCUCAAGGAGCCAUCCUGCGCGCCACCAACAGUGCUAACCUCCAGUCUGGCUCAGCUGCCGGUAGUGGUGGAGGAGGAGGCGGCGGUGGUGGCAGUGGUGGUGGCAGUGGCAGCAGUGGAGGAGGAGGAGGAGGAACGGGAGGAGCCCAAAGCCCCGCCGGCCCUGGGGGGCUGUCCCAGCACCUGACCUACACCUCGUACAUCCUCAAGCAGACUCCUCAGGGCACCUUUUUAGUUGGCCAGCCGUCACCCCAGACAUCUGGAAAACAGCUGACUACUGGGUCAGUGGUCCAGGGAACACUGGGAGUCAGCACAUCUUCUGCACAAGGACAGCAAACAUUAAAAGUCAUCUCUGGACAAAAAACUACUUUGUUUACCCAGGCAGCCCCUGGGGGACAGGCGUCUCUGAUGAAAAUAUCUGAUAGCACAUUGAAGUCUGUGCCAGCCACGUCACAGCUCUCAAAGCCUGGAACCACGAUGCUGAGGGUAGCAGGAGGGGUUAUCACAACUGCUACUUCCCCAGCUGUGGCCCUCUCAGCAAAUGGUCCUGCACCACAGUCAGAAGGAGCAGUUCCCAGUUCAUCAUCUACAAUAGGUUCUGUAAUGAAAACUUCUGGGCAGCAACAAGUGUGUGUGAGCCAGGCCACCAUGGGAACCUGCAAAACUACCACCCCCUCUGUCAUCAGUGCCACAUCCUUGGUGUCCACACCAAACCCUAUCUCUGGAAAAGCCACAGUAUCAGGAUUGUUAAAGAUUCACUCCAGCCAAUCCAAUCCCCAGCAGGCAGUCCUGACGAUCCCCAGCCAGCUCAAACCCCUCAGUGUGAAUACGUCGGGAGGCGUGCAGACUAUACUGAUGCCUGUGAAUAAAGUGGUUCAGUCAUUUUCUGCCAGCAAAUCCCCUACCAUUCUGCCUGUUGCUGCCCCGACACCAGUCGUCCCCAGCUCUGCUCCAGCAACUGUUACAAAAGUGAAGACUGAACCAGAAACACCUGGGCCGAGCUGCCCCUCUCAGGAGGGGCAGACAGCAGUGAAAACAGAAGAAAGUUCUGAGCUGGGAAACUAUGUCAUUAAGAUUGACCAUUUAGAAACUAUUCAGCAACUCUUAACAGCAGUAGUUAAGAAGAUUCCAUUAAUCACUGCAAAAAGUGAAGAUGCCAGCUGUUUUUCUGCAAAGUCUGUGGAGCAGUAUUACGGCUGGAACAUUGGAAAAAGGAGAGCUGCUGAGUGGCAAAGAGCAAUGACAAUGCGAAAAGUCUUACAAGAAAUACUGGAGAAGAACCCAAGAUUUCACCACCUGACUCCCCUCAAAACCAAGCACAUUGCUCACUGGUGUCGCUGCCACGGCUACACCCCGCCGGAUCCCGAGAGCCUGAGGAGCGAUGGGGACUCCAUCGAGGAUGUGCUGACCCAGAUCGACAGCGAGCCAGAGUGCCCGUCGUCAUUCUCCUCUGCUGACAGCCUCUGCCGCAAACUGGAGGACCUGCAACAGUUUCAGAAAAGAGAGCCGGAGAACGAGGAAGAGGUGGAUAUCCUCAACCUCUCGGAGCCGUUCAAGAUAAACGUCAAGAAAGAGCAGGAAGAGAAACAGGAAGAGAUGAAAUUCUGCCUGCCACCAACACCAGGGUCUGAAUUCAUUGGGGACAUCACACAGAAGAUUGGGAUCACCCUGCAGCCCGUGGCACUUCACAAGAACGUGUAUGCGUCGGUGGUGGAGGACAUGAUUUUAAAGGCCACGGAGCAGCUGGUGAACGACAUCCUGAGACAGGCUUUGGCAGUUGGCUACCAGACAGCAUCUCACAACAGGAUUCCCAAAGAAAUCACAGUGAGUAAUAUUCACCAGGCCAUUUGCAACAUUCCCUUUCUGGACUUCCUCACAAACAAACACAUGGGGAUACUGAAUGAAGAUCAGUGAAUGGAGUGAAGAUGCCCCUAGAAAAGCAGGAUUUGAAGCUGCAUCGGAAGCUUUGAACUGUGCUGACUCUUCUGUUUGGGGAAGGAGGUUGUUUUCUGUGUGCCUCAGAAUAUGACGGCUGCCAAACCAUUACCUCCACCUAAAGCAGUGUAACACCAGAGCGUUCAGUCCCAGAUCAGAUCCUUUUAGGACAGAAGUGUGUUUCCUCAUUUUGGAGUGGAGCUGUGAGUGGAUGCAUGCUCUGUCAGCUUGCAUUUGUCCACUCUCUGUGCAGGCUCCGUGAGAGUCUCAGAGCUGGGCCGGGCCACAUGCAUCAGGUCCUUCUCUCCUCUGGGUGUCCUCGGGGGCACCUUGGGCCUGAGUCUCCCUCCAAGAGGCAGAAAGUGAGUCUGGUGGACUAGAGAUCUCACCCAUUCUGUGGGCUGGGGUUCCAGGCAGCCCAGCUGUCACCUGGGAACAUCUGGAGGAGGGUUGGCCCUCAGCACUCAGCGGGUGCCCGUGGUGUGGAGGAUCCACAGUCAGCCCAUGUGAAUGAGCUACAGGAAGUGGUAAUCACGUGUAGAAAAAAUAAAAGCCUGGGAGGCUGCAAACAGAACAGAAUUCUUGUUUCAUGAGGCACAGGAGCAUUGCUACCACCAGUCUCAGAGCACUGUGAAGGGACACACAGAUCCCAGAAUAGUCAGGAAAAGGUUUCACUAUAACCAAGAAGUCAUGUUAGUGAUGUGUUAGUCACAGACAGCACCCACAAACCUGGGCACUUGGCAGACGCGUACCAGCUUUGCGUACGUCCUGGGCAGAGAGCUGGUUCCACACCAUUUGCAUGGUCUGCAGGAGCUUCUGCUACUGAAUCCAUGUUGGGUGGUUGAUGGGGAGCAGCCCCUGGGAUGGGCCUGCUGGGAUUGUUCAUCCUAUCAGUGUAUUUGGUGUCCUCCUCUUCUCUGUUGAGGAGUUUUUCCCAAGAAGAAAAGUGUUUCAAAGAAACACUCACUUGUGAGUGCCUUAAAGGUAGAGAAAUGACUGCUGAAGCUGAGAGACAGGGAUGUCAGUGCUCAGAAGCGGUGAGAACAGACUGCGUGCAUGCGCAGAGCCCCUCUCAAUGGGAGGAGAGGUGAGUAGGAGGAGGAAGGUUAGCAGUGCCCUGAGUGAUGUCCAGUUCCAUUAGACACUCUGUCCCCAUCUUCCCAACAGUCUAUGUGGAAGGAAAGGAAAGAAUUUACUCUGUUAGGAAUCUUCUCGAAGAAAAUUUGAAACCUGUGAGUCACAGUCAAAGAAACUUAUCCACGAAACAUAAUUCAUGUUUUCAUGAGUCCUAUAGAUGUUUGAGUCAGAAGAAGAAGGAGGGAGGUGACUGUGAGAAAUCGCCCCUUUUUAUUCAACAUCUGGGGAUUGCAAAUGCAGAAGGAAAUCUAUUUGGUUAGGCCUAGGCCAUGCCUUGGCUGAGUAUAAAAUAGCUUAGUCGUGAAGGCUCAGAUAGUCUGUACGUGAACUGCUCCAAGCGGGGUUACUGGCACAUGUACAGAGGCAUUCAGCGUGGACUGUGCCUGAGACCGACAGGGCGGAGGAUUCGAUCCCAGUGAGAGCUGAGUCAUUUGUUACAGGUAUGAACGCCCAAGGAAAUUACCUUUUAGCAAAAGAAAGUUAAAUGAUUUAACAGUCCCCAUAUGUGUUAAUGUCUCACAUGUAUUUGUAUCAUAACGUGUAACAUAAUUGUGGAACAAAAAUAUCUACAAUAAAUCUUUUAGUAUUUGUGA